UUUAGACAGGUAGUGGACUUUCGGGAAUAAAUGCCGAUAAUUUGACAAGUGAGCUAUUGAGGACUAGCGAAACGACUUGGAGCGCGAACCGUCCGUGAUUAAAACAUAUGCUACAAACUACUGCAACAAGGUGCACUGGAAUCGCCCACUCGUUUCUAAAUUUUAAAGGGCUGAAAAAAGUUUGAAACACGUAAACAGGAAUUUUUCUUUUAAUCUAGAUUUCCCGAUCUAAAAGCUAAACAACGCGCACGCAGAAAUGUCUCUGGCCGUGAAGGAAAGGACUGUAGUCCGUCUUGUGUUCUUUGGUGCCGCGGGGGUUGGCAAGACAGCGCUGAUUCAACGUUUUCUGCAGGACAGCUUUGACCACAAGUACAAGCCUACAGUUGAGGAGCUCCACAGUUUGGAAUAUGACGUCGACGGCGCCAAGAUCAGAAUCGAGAUCAUGGACACUAGCGGUAGCUAUUCUUUCCCGGCGAUGAAGAAGCUGUGCAUCCGCAACAGCGACGCGUUCGCCUUGGUCUACUCCAUAGACAAUUCCGAGUCGUUCGAGGAGGUGCAGAGGCUGCGCGAAGAAAUACUGGAUAUAAAAGAUGACGCGUUCGUCCCAAUCACCGUGGUGGGCAACAAAUUGGACCUUGAGAAUCAGCGUCAGGUGCCCAUCAAGGACAGCAUGUGCACCGUGGAGACAUACUGGAAUGCUAGCUUCCUGGAGGCUUCGGCCAAAGGCAGCGUGAAUGUGACUGAGGUGUUCAGAGAGCUCCUGCAACAGGUGAACCUGCUCAGCCGCUUGAGCCCCGCGCUGCGAAGGCGCAGAGAGACUAUUCCUAAAGAAAACGUCAGGCUACCCAAGAAGCCGCCCAUGAAGAAGGCCAAUAGCUGCUCUAUCUCCUAGAAUUCGGAGCCACUAGCCAUACAGGGAGAUCCACGCGUGACUCGUUAGCACGAAACGCGAGGGGAUUGCUGAAGCAGCUUAGGCUACAAACAGGAAUGCAGAAUCGAAGAACGCAGGCAGUAUGUGCACUGGACUGCAUGUCAUCACAAAAAGCUGCUUGACAGGAUUGAUGCUUACCGGUUAGGGUAGAGGUUCUCAAACUCUCUUCUGGGACCCCCUUUGUGUAUGAAGGUUUUAAACCUACCCAAUCUUUUGAUCAGUUAAGGUUGUUGACAACUGAAGUUUUAAGUGUUUCAUCCUACUUCCUUUAACAUAACACCGGUCAGGAUUGUUUGUCAUUGUCCAAAAAUUAAUUAGUCUCAGUGACCAAGUUUCCACACUUUCAGUAGAACCCCACUAAUUUCACCCUGCAGUCUAGAAUGUAAAUAAAAAGUUUCCAAAGGAAUCAUUUGGUAUCUAGUACAUUAUAGACAAUGAAAGCAUUACUUUCUGAUAAAAAGUGACAAGAAUGGCUGUUUCUAAAAUAGUGUGGCCUAUAAGAUGCCAAAUCAUCCGUCAUUAAGUUUUAAACGCAUCUACAAUGAAUAGGUUGUUGCAAUACAGGGGUUCCAGUCUUGGUUGGGAAGAAAACCAGCACACAGGGUCCCCAGGGCUGAAUUUGAGAAUGCUUGGGUUAGGGCAGGGUUACUCAACUCCAGGUCCUGUCUGCAGGUUAUUUUCUCCAACCAUGCACUACAAAUACUUGCAGACACUGGCUCACAGGCCCUGGAGCUGAGUAGCACUGAGUUAGGGUUACAGAUGACAAGGCAACAAAAGCGCUCUUUUUAAUUUCAACUCCAAAAAGUGUGCUUUCUGGUGUUAAAUGGUAGAGGUUUUCAUUUUAUUAAUAUGUAAUUUUUUAAGUUUAUCCAUUUUUAACCACACAUUCAGUGGCUUUAUUAUUUAGUUGUUUGGUUGUUGUUGUUGUUGUUGUUGUUGUCAUUGUUAUUAUUAUUAUUAUUAUUAUUGUUUUGUGAGGCUGCUAUGGUGAUUGAUGACAGAAAGGAAAGACAAAUGAAUUGCUUUGCUAAACAUAAGUAGAGUGAGGCUCCAUAAACUCCCUGUCAGUUACUGUCAUCAUGAACCAGUCAAAAUAUAAAUUUUGUAUUCCAUGGAAAAGCAUAGGUUUCAGUCAGUGAGCCUUCAAAGUGAAAUGUGUUUUUGGUUUCUUGAAGCCAAACUGUUAUGAUCAGAAAAUAAAGAUUUAGGUUGAUAAAUAAUCCCACAGUACCACUGUUUCAGUCAAUUUGUUGAACAGCCUGUAACUUUUUAUUUUAAACACUCAAAUAUCAACUGUUAUUUUGAAAAUUAUUUUUGUUUUGUUUAUCGGACUUUUUUUUUUUUUGCGUAUUUCAGUUCACAACAUAAUACAUGUUUCACAAUGAGCUAUACUGUGUAAAACAAACUACAAGAACAAAGUUCAAUACUGUUCAUUUACAAAUGUAUUUGAUCAAUUAAACAUACAUUUUCUGAUAUUAAGUAUUUGUGUGUUUUAUAUUUUCAGGAGUACUGCUGUGCUCUGGAUUAAGAUGGGACGUGGUUGAAAUAUGACAUCACAGUCGACUUGUACCAAAGCUACAGUUCGAGCAUUAACUAAAAUACUCUUUCAAUGACAUGGAAAAUCUCAAAUUAGCGAAGAUCACCUGUUGAAAAUUAGUCAAGGGAAUCUAAAAAUUCACAGUGUGCAGCACUUCUUUAUUUAUUUUAAAUUGAGCACAA